AUGCAGAGCGCAUACGCAUCCUGUUCCUGGGUACCAACUCAAGCUUGUGUAAAACUCCCAAGAAAUUCAGAGGCAAGGCUAAAAACUAAAACCCAUUAUUGUUAUUUGGAUAAUUCAGGCGAAGAUGGUGGUGAUAAUUCCGGUGAAGCUCAGGUAAAAUCAAUAACAAGCACUUCAAACCCAUUUGUGAAGCACUGUCUCAAGCUCCACCAAAGCUCUUCUUAUCGACACUCUCAUGCUUCAGUUCUUGUUGUGGGUUCUACCCCUAUCAGGGAGAUAUUCAUAUCUCAGGAAUCCUUGCAAGAAAGGAGCGUUGAAUUGGAAUAUUUACUUGUUCUUGAUAAAACAGAGGUCUCUGCACUACUCGGCAACAACUCGUCUUCUCGGGUUGUGCGUGUGAGCUCUGUCGUGAUGAAAAAACUCUCACAGGCUAAUAUUGUUGAUGAUGGACAACAGGGUGGCGUUUUCUUACUUCCAGGCUGUUGUGAUCCAUUCAAUAGUAAAGCCCUCCGAGCUAGCCGAGGAGCCUCCUUUCAGAUCCCCAUAGUUUCCGGCAGUUGGUAUCAUCUUGAAGCCCUCAAAGAUGAAUACCAGAUGAAGAUGCUAGCUGGCCAUCCAGAUUGUGAUGACAAAUUGAAACCAGUGUCACAGCUAUCACAAGGUUUUGCAGAUUGUUUUGCUGACGUCCCAUUGUGCUUGGUUUUGGGCAGCGAAGGGCAUGGCCUGUCAGAAAAAGCUCAACAGGAAUGUGAGCUUUUGAGUAUACCAAUGGCAGGAGAGUUUGAGUCUCUCAAUGUAGCAGUUGCUGGAGAGUCAAAGCUUCACUAG